AAUAAAGCCGCGCCCGGAAGUGACGUCUGCGCGCUCGCGGGUCGCGCCGGAGGAGGCGGGGCUUGGGCGGUUGCUUCCGGCGGCGGCGCUUCCUGGUGCUGGUAGUGGUGGUGCUGGUGGCGGUGGCCGUGGCCAGGGUGCCAUGGCGCUGCCCUGGCUGCACCGCGUCGAGCUCAUGCUCCUGGCCGCCGCCUUCCUGUGCGGGGCCGUGGCGGCGGUGGCGCUGACUCGGACCCAGGGCUCCUUCAGGGGCUGUCCCCUGUACGGUGUGGCUGCCCUGAAUGGCACCUCUCUGGCCUUGUCCCAGCCCUCGGCCCCAUCCCUCUGCUAUUUUGUGGCUGGGGCCUCGGGCCUCCUGGCCCUCUACUGUCUCCUACUUCUGCUCUUCUGGGUCUACAGCAGCUGCAUCGAGGAUUCCUACAGAGGCCCCGUCGGGCUCCGCAUAGCACUGGUCGUCUCCGUUCUGGCCAUCUUCCUGCUCUUAGUGUCCGCCUGCAUUCUUCACUUUGGUACCAGUUCUCUCUGCAAAUCCAUCGUCUCCCAGAACAUAACAAAUAGUUGCGCUGAAGCCCAGAAAAUCCGAUGGACACCCCUUGGAAUUACUUUGCAGUUUUACUCCAGCCUACACAAUGCUGAAAUCUCCUCCUGGGUGAACCUGCUGUUGUGGUGUGUGGUGCUGGUGCUCCAAGUCGUGCAGUGGAGGUCUGAAGCCACUUCCUUCCGGCCUCGGCAGAGAGGGGACCCUGCGUGGAGCUCCGAGACGGAUGUGCUGGUUGGGACCCGCCUCCCCCAUUACUGAAGAGCAAGGAGGGUCUUCCCGCCAAGACCCCAGUUGGUGCUGGAAGUCCUCUUGCCCCGCUCGGCAGGGAGCCUGUAGUGAAUCCUGAUGGCAGGCCCUCUCCUCCAUCUCUUCCUACAGCUAUUUUUGUACCAAAAGCGUGUUCCUUUCUUCUCUCGUCUUGGAACUGAGUUCUCAGUGUUAAGAGCACUGACAGGAGGGUGAUGGGCUAAGAACUCGUGGAUCAAAACUUAAGCUGUCCUUGGGGCUGGAGCGAUAGCACAGUGGGUAGGGCAUUUGCCUUGCAUGCGGCCGACAUGGGUUCGAAUCCCAGCAUCCCAUAGGGUCCCCCGAGCACCGCCAGGAGUAAUUCCUGAGUGCAUGAGCCAGGAGU